AUGGCUAGUAGUAGUAGUAGGACUGUAAAUUUAUGUGGAGGAAAAAGUGAGGGUGAGUGCCGAAAUGGAAAGAUUUUGUUUUUGUUUGAUGUAGAUGGGACGUUAACUGCCUCUCGGGGUGAAGUUAAAAGGGAGAUGGUGCGAUUUUUGGCUAAGUUAAGGUGUAAGGUUUUGGUGGGGUUUGUUGGGGGGUCGGAUUUAGAGAAGCAGAAGGAGCAGUUAGGGAGUGAGUGUUUGCAGAUGUUUGAUUAUUGCUUCCCGGAGAAUGGGUUGCAUUACAUUAAGAAUGGAGUUGAAGUUUCGGCUCAGAGUUAUAUAGGAGCGGUUGGUGAGGAGGAACAUUUGCGGUUGGUUAAUAAGAUUUUGAAAUGCUUAUCUGAGAUAGAUUUACCGGUGAAAAGAGGGACUUUUAUUGAGUAUCGGAACUGUAUUUUGAAUGUAUCUCCUAUUGGUAGAUCUUGUAGUCAGGCGGAGAGGAAGGCUUUUGCGGCUUUGGAUAAGGAAAGAGGGAUAAGGGCGGGUUUAGUGGCGGAAUUAAGUCGGGAGUUUCCAGAGUUGACUUUUUCGAUUGGGGGAGAGAUAUCUAUUGAUAUAUUUCCAAAAGGUUGGGACAAGACGUACUGUUUAUCGCAUUUAGAAAAGGAAGGAAUAGAUAAGAUCUAUUUCUUUGGAGAUAUGACUCAAGAGGGUGGGAAUGAUUUUGAGAUUGCCCGGGAUGAACGAGUGGUAGGUACAACGGUUACUUCACCAGAGAAUACGAUGGAGAAGGUCCAGGAGAAGUUGCACGAAUUAGGAAUGAGUUUGUAG